AUGUUCUUACAUAAUGCCAUUCUACCAGGCAAAGAUUCUGAUGUUGAAUCAACAGAACUAAGCACUUCUGAGGACACUGAAGAUGAGAGUGACCACACUGACGUAAUAGACACUGUCUGUGACCUGGAUCUGGAUUCGCUCUAUGCUGGGUUAAGGUCUAUGAUGCAACUGCAGCAUGUACAAUGCUUUCAAAAUGACCCUGUAUGGCCUAUUGGGUCCGAUAUUCCUGAUGAAAAUAUAGAAAACUCCAGGAUUGACAACACAAAUUGGUGUGCUUGCAGUUUAUGUGUCUCUAUGCCUACAUUAGCUGAAUCUUUAUGUUGUCAUGAGCUUGAUGAUCUAAAACAACACCUAAGUGAAGAAAUUUCAUGCAUUAGCCAGCUGGCUGCAAUAAAAGCGAUAAUACUGAGUGAGGCUAUGUUAACACUGAUGAUAAGAUUUCAUGGCAAAGUUUCAGCAAGCCAGUUUAAAGAACACAAGCACAGAUAUCUUCGCAAAGCAGCUUAUAGAUCUUUUACAGUUUGGGCCCAUGGCUUUCUAGGGCCAAGGUAUCGUCUGCCGAUCCCAUCUUGUAUUGUGAAGACUGUACGAUCCACAUUCCCUGACCCAGAGGGAAAAUAUACUGGUUUCUUUUAUGCAGAGGAUAUCGAUGCUGCUGACAUGGCAUUGGAUUUUUAGUAUUGUUAACACCCAGACUAUAGCUAGAGUAGCAGACUUGAUUCUUGGCAAGUGUUUUUACCCUUUCCAUUAAAUGAGAAAUUAGUAAUGGACAAAAUGUAAUGUAUGCUUUUCAAAGUUAUCAAUAAAAACAGU